AUGGCAGCCCAAGGUGCAGGUCGUCCAAAUAUGCGCCAGGCGCUGGAGUCAGCGGGUGCGCACUUCCUGAACCUGGUCGAGAUUGGGAUCGUCAAGACCUUCAUCGACUACAAAGUCUUCGACCAGAUUGUGGACGAGGGCGACAUCGCCAUUUCGGAGGUGGCAGUAAAGGUCGGCGGCGAGGAGGCCCUGCUGGAGCGCUUCUCAAACUACUUGAUUGCCGCCGGAAUCCUCGCGUCAACGGCGCCAGGCCGCAUCGCGCAUACAGAGCGCUCCCGCGCCUAUCGGACCGGCGAAAUCGCCGCCGGUUUUAUCGUGCAUGUAUACAACUUGUUUCUACGCCCCAUGGCCCGUUGGACCGAGUAUUUUGAAACGAAUGGCUUGGCUGAGCCCAAGGACGCCCAUAAGAUCCCGCUGGGCCUGGCCACAGGCCAUCCAGACUCGGAUAUGUACGGCGUUCUCGAUGCGGAACCGAAGCUGGCCGUGCUAUUCAAUCGAGCCCAGGCCGGCUCAGCCAGCAUCUACUCUCUGAAAGGGGUGUACGAUUUCGGCUGGUUGCAGAAGGCCCCUACACAACCCGGAGAGCGCCCCGCCAUCGUGGACAUUGGCGGUGGCAGUGGCCUAGCUCUGCGAGACAUUCUCGUUGACAAUCCCUUCGUCCCCCCUGAGCAAUGCGCCGUCUUAGAUCUUCCCAAGACGAUCGAGCAGACCAAAAGCCAGCUAAACGAAGAUCUACGCUCGGUACGACUGAUUGGUGGAACCAUGUUCGAAACACUUCCGCAGCCGGUCAGGGGAGCGCUCAUCUAUCAGUUCCGCCGCGUGCUCAGCGACUUCCUCGACAACGCCAUUGUGCAGGCGCUCAAGCAAGUCCGGGAGGCUUGCGCACCCGACUCACGCGUGCUGAUCAUCGAGGAGCUGUUACACCCGAACCAGUCCAAAUUCAGCCUCGCGCAGGAUAUCUCUGUCAUGAAUUUUGGUGGCAAGCGACGCAGCGAGGCCAUGUUCCGCAAGCUUGCUGCUCAGGCAGGCUUCAAUGUUAAUGCCGUUUACCGGGGCCCUGCCACUGAUUUUGGCGUGGUCGAAUUGCUGCCGGCAUGA